AUGCGGGGUUGGUUCGAGUACGGCUAUCAGGGAUUUCCAUCUGGAGAGCAACGCCGACGCUUCUAUCGCCAACGAGACGAUCCGUGUGGUAGUGAGGACGAGAGCGAUUUCGACAAUGAGACGAAUGAUCGCCCCAUUCAUUACUACCCACUUCGUGAAAGUGAGGAGAAGUCUUCAAGCCCGCGACAUAGUGAAAUGGGCUCUAGUAGGGUAAGUGAGGCGGAUGGGGAGGUUGAGCAAGCGCAUAGCGAGCAUUCAUUUCCAUUUUUUUCACACAUUACCGCUUACACGCCGGUUCCAGCCUGGUAUGGUUCUAGUUUUAUUACCUUUACUUCUUGCGCACAAAAUAGUUCCCGCCGCCGGUAUGGCCUUUGGCACGGCGGCGCUGCGGUGGCCAACUGUAGUGUUGACUCUCAGUUUCAUUUGGCAGAGUUGAAGUUCGUUUCACAGACUUCCGGGUUGUCUGCCGCGCCAUCCCAGACGGUAGACUACAUCCCUUUCCCAGAGGAUGUAACCCUAGUUGAGCUCAUUAACUGGCCGCCAUUUCAUCCAGCCUUUCAAGCUGUAGCGGAAGAUACUGAAGUGGAGCGCGAACCGGUGGUGCCGCGGUUUGGCCACUGCGCGGUGUAUAUGGAUCUGCCCUCAAGAAUGUUGCGGGCCUUUCUUACGACCGGAUGGAUCCCGGAAAUGGCGACGCCUGGUCAUAGACGAUCUGGUAUACAAAAGGGCUAUCUUAACGAACAGGUUGCUAAUCCUGAGGAGUUCGAGCUUCAUCUUUCCUUUGUAAUUGGUGGGACGUCGUUUCUGAGAACGGUGGGGAAUGGCAGGGGUACCACUACCGUUCUCAGCAACGAAAGCUACACCGUGAUCUCUGAGCCCACCUUGUGCUUGACGCUCAUCCGGGAGCCCACCGAAACCCGCCAAGGGACGCAAUUCACAACGUGUUGUCCCCUCCGCGGGGCCUUCGACCUCCCCGUUGCACCACGCCUAUUCGCGACGCUCACCCCGCUGCCAAGCAUGGCACCUGCGGCCGGGGAUCCGCUCAAAAGUCGUGCCUUUGCUUACCUCGGCGGCACCGAGAACGGCUGGUUCCCCGUUCCGAUUUUUGAACUCACCGUAAUUCGGCUGGAGCUGCCCAGCUGGCGGUGGACGGCGGGGGCGUUACCUACCUUUGGCGUUCCCCCUUUGCCGCGUUUCGGGCACAGCGCUACGGCCUAUGAGGGCCGACUGCUUGUCUGUGGAGGGGUCACCCAUGGCCGGAGCUACCUGCGCGACCUCUUCGUACUAGACACCACCACCCUGGUGUGGCGGGAGGUCUUCGUGCCGUUCAACCGCGGUGUCCCAGCCCGGGCGUUUCACGGGGCCGCCAUCACCCCGCUUUACCAGGCUCCUCAACCCCUUGGGAAGGGGAUCAGGGCAUACGCGGGACCCCACGUCGCGGAGGGGGCCCCUGACUGUCACAGGGCGGGUCGGGCUUUCGGCCACCCCUCCCAUUUGCCCACCUCCUGUGACACGGGACGGGCCAUUCGGGAGGGACGUCACGCAGGCGUAAGCGAGGAUGCGCUUUUGCUCAUUGGUGGGGAGAGCGCCGAGGGGGUUCUUGAGCCCUCGGUUUGGGUGAUGAUUCUCCAUGACUACACCUGGCAAAAGAUCCGAUUUCCCUUUCAGAAUGAAGUCUUCAGUUUUCGUGAAGCCGUUUCCGUUCCACUGUGGUGUAAUCGUGGUUCGGGUUCAUCACCCAGGGCGACAACGGUAGCAGAAACGAUGUCGGGCACCUUUCUCAGCCCCCAGAGGUUACGCCAGACCGUUCUAAUGCUGCACGAGAGAAAUUUACAAGACAAGGCGCGUGGUCUUUCUUCGAAGGACCCAGCAUCAAGAGAUUCAGGAAUUCGAGAUGACCAUCCUUUGCUAUUCUCGACCUGCCACGGUUCACUUUUUCAGCUGCUUUCCAUUCCUACAGAGAGCUGUGGGGUGACGAUCUUUGGGGGUACGCAAAGUCCACCUAUUUUGUUUGCUACAAGCAUCGUCGCUCCUACUGGGAGCCUCAAGGAGAGUACAGCUUUUUGGCUGUUCUGUAACAAUACCGAUAAUAUGUAUGCUAAAAGGAUUUUUAAUCGAUCACCAUAUCUCGUCCAAAAUAUGUUUGCUGGAACACAGUUUCUUAAUCUUUUGCACUCUCCUGAAAAGGAUAAUGAGCGGGGUCAUUUCCGCCGCGACUCAUCGUUAGAUGCUAUUCCUUCUUCUGGUUUUCUGCAGCAAGCCACUCGGUUAGCUAAUGAAAGUCUUUUAGAGGAUACACUAUCCGUAUGGAUUCGGGCAGCACGAAAGCGUUUGAGGGAGGGUAGUUUUUUAUCUACAUAA